AUCUUAGGUCGUUCAAAUCAUUUAAUCAUUUUUUUUCAGCUUGGUUGCGGAGAAAUUAGAGAUGAAGAUCUCCGAGGAAUAUUUCGUGAAUUUGACCUUAAUGGCGAUGGUUUUAUCCAAAAAGAUGAAUUAAAAGCUGUUAUGGUCAAAAUGGGACAAUGUCCAACCGAUGAAGAAUUGAAUGCUAUGUUCAUUGCAGCUGAUAAGGAUCGUGAUGGAAACAUUGAUUUCAAUGAGUUUCUAAGUAUUGCACACGCAAAUCCAUUAUCAUUAUCAAUGAAAGCAGUUUUCGAUGAAUUGGACGUUGAUGGUGAUGGUUUUGUUACUCGUUCCGAAUUAAGGACUGCCUUUCAACGUAUGGGACAUAAUUUAACUGAUUCGGAUAUUAAAGCUAUUUAUCAUCAUGUCGAUAUCAAUAAUGAUGGAAAGAUCAAUUUCGAAGAAUUUUGCCGAAUGAUGUCAACAAAAAAGAAAUAA